UGUUGGAAGCAUUGGACAGCGGUGUUCGAGACCAUCAAAAAGCUUGAAAUGUGCGCUACAACCCCCGAUAACCCAUCAAUUUUACUCAUAUUAUAACUGUUGCCAGACAGAUUCGAUGAAUUACGGUUGGAACCCAUCGUGAACAGUGUUCUUGUGAAAGAGUGAAUGUCUCUCAAUCUGGGGGAUAUUUUAGGUGCUCUUUAUGCUUUUGGGUUACAUUCUACAAAAUGUUCCAGACUAAUUUAAGGUCCUCUGUCGACUAUGAAAAGUCAAUUUUUGGAUGACUACCUUUAUCUUAUAAAAGUUUUUAUUCGUUUCUUUGCACCUGAUUUAUUUUCAAUUAAACCAGACAGAAAUGUUUAUCAUAAAUCUGUUAUCAUUAGAUGUGUUGGUUGGUUGUUUGAAGGGAUUUCAAAUCUUUAUACCAUUGUCAUAUUGGAGCCAAUUUUGAAUUGUUUCUCUUUAUAUCUUGGUGGUCGAAAAAAUUUUGGUCGAACACUGGUAACACUUGUACUUACUUAUUUAUGCUUGAUUAUAUGUUUAUUAUAUGCCUAUCUUAUACCUCGUCGUCUUUCUAUGCUAUACUCUUGUUAUUUAUACAAUCAAUAUUAUUCAACUGAUUGCAACAUAUAUUCAGAAGUUGUAUGGUUUUUCAUACAUUUCUUAUGCAGUCAUUUAUUAAUUAUUAAUAUAUACUUUCAUUAUUUAUCGGCUGUUUUUGUCAAUCCUGGUAGUGUACCACAAAUUCUUCCAAUGAAUCAUUUAAAAAAAUCACAAAUUACUGUUUGUUCACGGUGUUUUGUUUCACGUCCAGUGAGAGCUCAUCAUUGUACAAUAUGCAAAAAGUGUAUUCUACGCAUGGAUCAUCAUUGUCCAUGGACAGCUAAUUGUAUUGGCUUGUAUACACAUCGUCAUUUUUAUUUAGUACUUAUAUUUAUGAGUAUUGGUGGAAUAUAUUUACUAACUGUUGGUUGGUCAGACUUUAAAAGUUAUUUGAGAGAACAAGAUCAGCAUCAAGUGAAUAUUACAGCGAAGAAAUCCUUGAUUCAAUCCGAUAAGUUCAUGUAUGUUCCAUCAAGUAAAUUCUCCUGUUAUUUAUUCAAGGCAUGUUUUCAUUUUGGUUUUAUUGCAAUUCCUUUAGUGUGUGCUCUUUGUGCUUGGCAUACCUAUUUGAUUAGCAAUGGAGAGACAAGUAUUGAACGGCAUAUUAAUGCUAAAUUUACACGUACAUUGAGAGAAAGAGGAGUAAUUUAUCGUAAUCCGCAUAAUUUUGGUUUAUUUUUGAAUUGGGUAAAAUUUCUUGGUCUUAUUGAUAAAUUUGAUGUGGAUUUGGCGAAUUUGAAGUGCUUCCGUCUUUAUGGUUUAUUUUGUUGGAGAUUGUUAAGUCGUGUUAUACUACCUUCUUUCCACGCUCCUUAUGAUGAUGGCUAUGUGUAUGAGUUAAAUGUCACAUCUGCCGAAUCUAUUAUACAGUCACUUGCAGAAUCUGGAAUAACCUGACACAAUGCCUUCACAGCUAUAAUUCUAUAUAUUGAUUGUGAUAAAUUUGAGGUCAUGAAUUAUUGUACUGUUGUGUAGUGGAGCGAUUUAGAAAAAUAUUUAGCCAGUUUUCCCCUAGAACUGCAUUGUUAUCAGGAAGCGACUUCAACACAACCUUGAAUCCGUUGAUGGUGAUCCAUUCCAUUGUGAAUUGUUCAUCAUUUGUUACCCUUAUUUAAAGGAAUACGAUAUCUUAAAUGUAUUUUUUCAAUGGUACGUUGAAUGUAACUUCUUGUUUUUUUGGUCGCUUUUUUCUUAUCAUUAUGUGUAUAUACUUUGAAUUUUCAGGAAUCGUGUAACUACAAAACGUUUUUACCUAUCACUGUAAAUAACUAGGGGAAUUAUUUCUUUAUAUAUGAAUAUCUAAUAUUACUUUUGUCAUGUAUCAUUUUCAGAUUGUGUUGAAUGAAACCUGCUAUUUCAGUGAUACGUAUAACGCAAACGAAGGAUAUACCAUAGACACUUAAUGUGUCUUAUACUGAUGACUCUCUUAGUACCAUGGAAGAAUAAAUUGAGCGUAAUAAUUAUUGUAUUAUGAAUUUCAGGUCAGUAUUAACCAGUUGGAGAAACAUUGAUAACUUGGGAGCGC